AUGGGAGACUCUCGCUACAUGGAGCACCGGCCGGUGCAGACCAGCGCCGUCUACGUGCUGGGCGCUCCUCACUGCGAAUCGAUGCCGCCCCCGUCGCCGCCUUCACCACCGGUGUCACCGCCGGAGGACGAGUUUCUUGAAGAGUUAGAAGAGCUCAGCUUGGGAUCGCCCGAUGAGAUGCUCGAGACAGAAGAGAACUCGGUCACAGUACAAGAUCGUCUUCAUGCUGCGACACACGUGCUCAAGACAGAAGCAGCAGCCUUGCGCUCAGUCGCCGCGUUGUACGAGACAGACCCAGUUGCCCGGGACGGCUUCAAUCGCACGGUCGCAGCAAUCACACGGCACAAGGGCGAGAAGGGUAAGCUCGUGAUCACAGGCGUGGGCAAAUCCGGACAUAUUGCCAACAAGCUGGUCGCAACUUUCAACAGCCUCUCCAUUGCGUCCGUCUUUUUGAACCCAAUCGACGCCCUACACGGCGACCUCGGCAUAGUGCAAAAACACGAUAUCCUAAUGUUCAUCACCUUCUCCGGCAAGACGUCAGAGCUUUUCAACCUGCUGCCUCACCUGGACAAGCCUACUUCCUUAAUCAUACUCACGGGACACACCCGGCCGGAUACGUGUGAGCUCAUCAAGCUGAGGCCGGACACCAUUCUCCUCCCGGCACCCAUUCACGAAAGCGAAACGGCGUCGUUUGGUGUAUCCGCACCCACGACAUCUACGACCGUUGCUUUGGCUGUGGGUGAUGCGCUCGCCAUUGCUGCGGGUCAGGAGUUACAUCCUAGCAUGUCACAAGUGUUCUCGAAGAAUCACCCCGGAGGUGCUAUUGGCGCUGCGUUUAGGAAACCGCAGACGAUCUUGGACCUCGCCGUUCCCUGGACGGACAUCCCAGAUUUGGUGGGCUUAUGUACAGACAGCGUCGGCGCGGACCUCUUCCGGGCAGCGUACGACUCGACCUCGGGCUGGGUCCGCAUAGGCAACGACGUUGCGUCCCCGGGCCGGAUCAGGAAACUGGCGACGGAGGACUUUGCGCGGUGCCUAAAGGAGAUCCCGGGGCUGAUGGUGCCCAGAGCGGAGAUGCUAUCCAUCUCGUCGGAGACGACGGUACGGCGGGCGGUGAACUUUGUGAGGAACAUGCAAGGAGCGGCCGACGAUGGCGAGUACGUCUGCCGUGCGGAUUCUAUACUGGCUGUGCUUGACCAGGGCGAUAUGGUUGGCGUUUUGGAGGUCGGAAAGCUUCUGGAAUGGAAGGACUGA